UUGUUCUGAAAAAUAUCUAACGACACAGUUAAUCAUGCUUUUUCAUUUUGUUCAUUUAAACGUGUUCGAAGUUUAAAGUGGUCAGACAAAUGUUGCAGAUAAGCACAGUACUUUUGCGAUCGUAAAUGAUCAAUGAAUAGUCACGAAAUGGUAUAUUUGAAUUGGCCGGGUGUGUACGAGAUAAAAGAGAGAUUGCAUCGUAAACUGGUAACAUCCGCCAAUCAAAUCUACGUUUAUACGUAUACUCUGGCCCAUUUAACAGAGGAUUCAAAAGUUCGUUCACCCUCGAUCGGCGAUUCGAAAAACAUUUUAAUGUCGUUUUCGGAAUCGCGUCCGACCAUUUGUUUCGACAUCAAACUACGGUAACUCUGUCGAUCGCACUCUCUUGUAAAUUGUUUGGACAAUGAAACGUUUUAAAGGUAGGGGAAAACCCGGGCAAGCGAUCGAUCGAUCGGAUAAAGUUCAAAAUCGAAAGAUGAGCGCAUUUCCCGCGGUAUUUCGUUCGUCUCCAGCGGUUGCUGCGACUGAUCUGCCUGUUGGCCGGUCGAUCUGUGCAACCAUAGAGGUUCAGUCGCGCCCUCGCACUUGUCGACACCACCGUCUCUACCGACCACUGACCACCGGACUUCUAGUUUCCGCCCCGGGCUCCAGAUAGUCAAGGGAGCUGGAUUCAUUUCCAGAUAGUCGAAAAUCAUUUUAAAUAAAAGAUUCGGGCUCGAGCGAUCGCGACCGAAAAACGUAACAUCCUUACGGUUCCUCGAGAAUCUCAUCCACGAAAACGUAAAAUCGAAAAACAAAUCAUGAGCAUCUUAGUGUUUGUACCGUUGAUGCUCCUCUCUUUGAUUCAUCUGCCGAUCGUUUUUUGCGGGACACGGCCGAGUUUUGUCUCCGACGAGAUGAUCGCUACCGCGGCAAGCGUGGUGAACGCUUGUCAAACGCAGACUGGAGUGGCGACAGUGGAUAUAGAGGCGGUAAGGAAUGGUCAGUGGCCAGAGAGGCGGCAGCUAAAGUGUUACAUGUACUGUCUAUGGGAACAAUUCGGAUUGGUCGACGAUAAAAGAGAGCUCAGCUUGAACGGCAUGCUCACGUUUUUCCAAAGAAUACCGGCGUACAGGGUGGAGGUUCAGAAAGCGAUCAGAAAAUGCAAGGGGAUCGGUAAAUAUUUCGCCAAGGGUGAUAACUGCGAGUACGCUUACACGUUCAAUAAAUGUUACGCGGAAGCAUCGCCACGGACCUACUAUCUUUUCUAAUGGAUCAUCAGGUUCGUUCGAUACAGAGGAGAAACGAAACCGAAGAAAGAAAAAGAAAAGCGCUGCUCAAAAAGUCUAUCUCAUUAAAUGAUUUAGUCUGCAACGUUUUACCGUGUAAUGGAACCGUAAUCGUAUCUGUACUCGUACAAAUGUAAACGAGUCUCUGUACAAGACGUUAAUAAAAGAAAAAAAAAAAGUUCCAAUUA